AUGCCUCGCAAAGAUCAUCAUAAAAAAACUCAAAAUAAACUUAAUGUGAAGCUUCGUUCAGACAAUAUAAAUUUGAAUAGAAACGAGAUCUUUACAAAAUGUUAUGAAUUAGAAAACUCUAAGCUUACCGAAUUGGAAACUCAAAUUGAAUCACUAAUUUCCAAACUUGAAAGAUAUUAUAAUGUUAUUCAAAGAACUUAUUCUAUAUUACAGGAAGUGUUCGGUUCUAAUGAAAUAGCAGACCUAUGUAAUGAAAUUAGAGAAAUUUGUGAUGAAGAUUUUGUAUGUGGUUCUAAUAUUCCAAGUGCAUCAGAUAAUAUAGUAUACAAUUCAUUUGAUGAUGCUCUUAAUGCUUCUGAGGAAAAAAUAGCUGAGAUAGUUGAAGAUGGUAGAGAACAAUUUCCAACUUUAGUUCGAUCACAACGUUUUUAUGAUGCAAACGAGCAAGAAUUUGAUACUGAUAAAUUUAUUUUUUAA